UCACUCAUGCAGAUGGCUCAGUUUGACCCGGUAUGACAUCUUUUUUCCCAGCACUGUGGGAUGGAAACACUGGUUUCAUGGAGGCAGAAAUCCAUACGGGAACUGAAGGAGGAAACAUCACCGUUUCGUGUACCUUCUUUUUCACUGGAGCAAGCAAGAGGAUCUUCUGCAGGAGAGAAUGUGAAGGAAAAGACCUUCUUGUUGAAACAACUGGCAGCAGCGCUCAGCGUGGCAGAUACAGCAUUCAGCAUAAAGCAGCAGUUGCUCUGUUUUUUUCAGUUAUGAAUGUGACCAUCACAAACCUGACUAAGUCUGACUCUGGACGGUACAGAUGCAGACUGGACAGAAAAUUUCAACCAGAUUCCAAAGAGGACUUUGAGAUCAGAGUGCAGAGUGAAGAUGCUCGAGUCACUUCAAAACCAAAACCGAACCUCCGACCUUCAACAUCCACACCGACAACAACACAGAGUUUGAUCUCCAGCCCAGGAAGCUUCACACAUCCAUCAGCCUCCCCUGAAACCACCAACCAGCCACCAACCUCCAACCAGCCUGAGCAUCCACAGCCAGCUGCAGGUGUGCUGCUGGCCGUGCGUCUCACUCUGAUGGUCACGACCAUCGUGUCGUCAGCAGCUGGGCUGAUCUUCUGCAGGAGGAGGGCCGGCAAAGCCAACGAACCUCCUGCGGGACCUGAAUGUGCUCGUGUCACAGAGGUCCAGCUGCAGCCCAUUCUCAGAAGAAACCAAGAGAAAAGCGUGUCCGGAUUCUAACUUUGAGCCUGGACAACAGCAGGAAGACUUCACCCACUGAAUAAUCUGUAAUGACUGUACAGUGGAAGGAAUUUUUUAACAUUUUCUUUUGCUGUGGCUGGUGGGAAGGUGAGAAGUUUGCGGUCAACACAAACUGUACAGAAGUUUACGUUUCUGAGCAACGAGCUGCAUUCAUCGAGAAAGAGGAAACAGUUUGUGAUCAUAUCUCGAGCUACAAGCUUCAGAUGUUGUGAGGAGAGGGUCUGAAGGUUUCCAUGGAAACAGCAGAGUAGAUCAGGAGAUAACAACCCAGUGAGCGGUUUGCACGAAGCUGCACAGCUCCUCAAAUGAUGCUUAUGUGACAAAACAGGCGAGUCAGAAAGCAGCUGACUGCAGCCGCGGGGCUUCCUGUCCUGCGACCACAGGAAGAGCAGCCUGUUUAAACACGCAUGUAAAAGCCGGCACAGGAACAACAAGCUGCACUACAGGAGCAUCAGCAGCAAACUUCACACUGGAAACGCAAGAGACUUACGUCACGUCUUGGUGGACCUCAGUUUACUCAGCGACUGAGAGUGGAUUUUAUUUACAGGAUUUUUCAUGAAAUAUUUUAUGGCUAAAAAU